AUGGCAUUCCAGGUUGUCCCCAUUCGAAAUGUCAACAUCACGUCCACCUUUUGGUCCCUGAUGCAGCAAAAAUCCAUAGCGACUACCCUUCCGGCGAUCGUUCAAGCACAGAAGUCCUUGGGCCAUUGGCAGUGCUUAACUUGGAAAGAGGGUCAUUCAGUAAAACCACACCCGUUUUGGGACAGUGACAUCUAUAAGAUUGUGGAGGCGAUUUGCUAUGCUCUUAUGAAGCACCCCAAUGAGCCGCUGUUGAAGACUGUCGAAGAGGCUAUUGAUAUGAUUAGGGCCGCGCAGUACCCUGAUGGCUACAUCAACUCCUACUACACGGUCCGUGGAGCGCAACAAAGGUGGAGCAACCUACGAGAUAUGCACGAGCUGUAUUGUGUUGGUCAUCUUCUCGAAGCUACGGUUGCAUACGAAGAACUCACUGGGUCCGGGAGGCUGCUCGACGUUGCUCGAAAAGCAAUCGCGCACGUCGAUUCUAUGUUUGGUGGCGAACCGUCAAAGAAGAAGGGGUAUCCUGGCCAUCAAGAAAUAGAAAUUGGUCUGUUACGGUUCCAUGAGCUGACCGGAGACGCUCUGCCACUCAAAUUGGCAAAGUACUUUAUCACCGAGCGUGGCCGCCGAGACGAGGAUGGGGAAAUCUACUUCGACAAAGAAGCGAAGGCACGCGGAGCCGACCCAUACGAUGACAUGGGCACCGAACACAAGCCUUGGUAUCAUGGCUGCCGAGACUACGGCUAUCACCAAGCCGACUGUCCGCUUGAGGAGGCAGCAGAGGUCAAAGGACAUUCGGUGCGUGCCAUGUACUUUUACACUGCUGCGACGGACCUGGUCAGACUACUACCAGAGUCAAAGGAUCUCACGAUGGCCUUGGAUCGCCUCUGGAGGGAUCUGGUGGAUCGGAAGAUCUACGUCACCGGCGGGAUUGGAUCUGUGACGCGUAACGAAGGCUUCGGUCCAGGUUACAGGCUUGAUGACCUUGAAAGUCAAGGCUGCUAUGCUGAAACCUGUGCGUCAUUUGCCUUGAUAAAUUGGUGUCAGCGUUUGCUUCGACUCAAUCUCAAGAGCGAAUACGCCGACAUUAUGGAAAAGUGCUUAUAUAACAGCUUUCUCGGGGCAGUGAGUACGAGUGGUGAUGCUUUCUACUAUCAAAACGUGAUGAGAACGAUUGGCGGGGAGCCCAAGUUGAGAAAUAAAUGGUUUGGUGUUUCAUGUUGCCCUCCCAAUGUUGGAAAGCUACUCAACUCGAUGGACUCCCUGAUCUAUUCCAUCACUCCGGAUCGGAACCUCGUCGCAAUUCACCUUUAUAUCGGCAGUGAGAUCGCCGUUCCUGGAACCAGCGUGGUAGUGAGCCAGGAGACAAACAUGCCAUGGACAGGAGAAGUGACGAUUGACGUUCGCGGUACGACAGCUCUCGCACUUCGAAUUCCUGGAUGGUCAAACGAGGCCGGCUUUACCUGCUCUGCUCAAGGCAAAUUGCAAGAUGGCUACCUGUACAUAUCGGAGGUUUCUAAUACCAAGGUCCAUCUCAACUUUACCAUGUCGCCGCAAAGAGUAUAUGCACACCCUAAAACGGGCAAAGAUGACAUAUCCAUCAUACGUGGCCCUCUGGUGUACUGUCUUGAAGACGUUGACAACGACGGUAUAGACAUCGACCAUGUCGCUCUCCUUGACAUGCAGCUAAAAGAUGGUCCUCCGAGACACAUUGGGUUGUUGGAUAAUGUCGCCACUGUUCUUGCGAGAGGUAGACAAUUGGUCAGCCCAGCGUGGGAAAAACUCUAUGGAUCAAAGCCAUGGGAAUAUGGAGCGGAGGUAGAAAUUGUGGCCAUUCCCUAUUUCCUAAGAGCGAAUCGGGGAGGCAACGGAGCCAUGAGGGUAUGGACAAAAAGGAUGUCGACCAGUUCCUAA